AUGCCCCGCCAGCAGUUUUUGCACGUCUGUGCGGCGGCCGAUGUGGUGCUGGACACGUUUCCGGUCGGCGGUGGCCGCACGACCUUGGAGAUCCUGGCGGUCGGGACGCCCGUCAUUGUCCACGAGCCGCGGACGACCAUUUUGCAGCUCAGCGCCGCCAUGUACACUUUGAUGGACAUGCCCGAGCUCAUUGCAUACUCGGACGACGACUAUGUUGCCAAGGCGCUGGCUGUCGGACGCAACGCCACGUACCGUCGUCUGCUCUCGCAGCGCAUACUGGACCGGCACGACGUCUUGUUCAAUCAGUCGAGUGUCGUGGACGAGUGGUCCAAGAUGCUGCAGACGAUCGUGGCCACGCCGCCGCCGACUCCCAACAACCAGCAGCAGCAGUCCGACCCAGUCGUCUUUGGCAUCUACCUCUACCUCCAAGUACUCGGCGAGACAUUUGCGUUUCAAGUGCGCGCGUCCGAGCGCCACCGCACCAUGGACAUCGCCGCCAAAUUUGGCCAAGUGCACGAACUCGAGCCGCUCUACGUUGCGUUCAUCGAGACAGUGCUGUACAAGGGCGUCUCGCGGCUCGACCGACCCAUUGUCGCUACGUUGGUCGUACCCUCUCCAGGACUCGACCCCGACGAAAUCGUAGUCGACAUUCGCCUCGGCGAUGACAUUUGGCUCGCUGCUCAUUACGCCCUCUGGCGACACCGCGUCCCAAGCUCACGAGACGUGAUAGACAGCAUUCUGAACGAGUGGCGAGUCGUCGGGGGCCAGCUCGACACGACGUUGCAGUGGCGGGCCAUCCGAGACCGGUUCCCCGAGACCAACUACGUGCCGGCGCCCAUCCACGACAACUGCGUGACGCUCGUUCUCACAAGCUGCAAGCGCCUCUCGCUCUUUCUGCCGAUGACGACCGGCGCGUCAUGA